AUGAUGAGCAAACCCGCCGGCUCAACAAGUGGCUGUCUGGAUAUUCUGAAUGUCAAAUCAAGUCGGAUCCUGGACAUCCCAUGUAAAGUGUGUGGCGACCGCAGUUCGGGGAAACAUUACGGUGUUUACGCCUGUGACGGCUGCUCGGGAUUCUUCAAGAGAAGCAUCCGCAGAAAUAGAACCUACGUGUGUAAAUCUGGCUCUCAGGGUGGCUGUCCCGUAGACAAAACUCACAGAAACCAGUGCCGAGCGUGCCGUUUGAAAAAGUGUCUGGAAGUGAACAUGAAUAAAGACGCCGUCCAGCACGAGAGGGGGCCCCGGACAUCCACCAUCCGCAAACAGGUCGCCCUAUAUUUCCGGGGGCACAAAGAGGUGAACGGAUCGUCGACCCAUUUCCCGGGAUCCUCUCUGCCCGGCCCUCCCUUCUUCACCACGGUCACGCAACUGGAGCCCCACAACCUGGAGAUGAGCGCAGUGGCCACCACACCGGAGAGACAGGCCAUUGUGGGGCUGGCACAGCCCACUCCCAAGUAUCCCCAUGAAGUCAGCGGCACCCCCAUGUACCUCUACGAGGUGGCGACAGAGUCUGUGUGCGAGUCGGCCGCGCGCCUCCUUUUCAUGAGCAUCAAGUGGGCGAAGAGUGUCCCCGCAUUCUCCACCCUCCCACUGUCUGACCAGCUGAUUCUGCUGGAGGACGCUUGGAGGGAAUUAUUUGUUCUGGGUAUCGCGCAGUGGGCCAUUCCUGUGGACUCCACCACUCUCCUGGCUGUUUCUGGAAUGAACACUGAAAACACAGAGUCUCAGCGGAUGAAUAAGAUCAUGUCGGAGAUUCAAGCACUUCAAGAGGUGGUCACCAGGUUCAGACAGAUGCGUCUCGAUGCGACAGAGUUCGCCUGUUUGAAAUGUAUCGUGACAUUUAAAGCCGUUCCGACACAUGGCAACACUGAAUUAAGAAGUUUCCGCAACGCCAGCGCCAUCGCUGCACUACAAGAUGAGGCACAGCUCACUCUCAACAGUUACAUACACACCAGGUACCCCACUCAGCCGUGUCGCUUCGGGAAACUGCUCUUGCUCCUGCCGGCGCUGCGCUCAGUGGGUCCUUCCACCAUCGAGGAGGUGUUCUUCAAGAAGACCAUCGGCAACGUGCCCAUCACCAGGCUCCUCUCCGACAUGUACAAGUCCAGCGAUAUAUGAAUUCUCACCAUCUGGAAAAAGACUUGAGCUGAAGGCCGAGAGACCCACCCAGCAGUCAAGAGAAUGUCAAAUAGGUGUAAGCGUGGGUUGAAUUUUCGCUGAGCACAAAAUCUCUUAAAAUAGCCUGUUUAGGCCUAUAGGCUCUUUCGAAACACAGACUGCAACACAGCCGGAGUUCACCGAGUAGCCUGUUAACAGUCCCUCUAGUUAAGGAUUAGCUUGUAACUUUCAUUAUAGAAUUACCUGUGAGAAAACCUGCAGUCUCUGGUGUGGGCACAGGAAACCCACAGUGUUCAAAUAUCGCCUACAGACUCUGGAGAGCACGUGCCAAGUAUGUCUGACAAAGAAAUGUUAUAUAUUUAGAAGUUUUUCAAGUGUCUGUGAGACCAAUGAGCUUGACGACCAAUUCACUCUUUUAUUGCUGUGAUCAAUCCCAAUGGAGGAAACCAAAAAAAGAAAAAAAAAGAAGAAAAAAAUGACGCAUGCGUAAUGGGGAAUGUGAAUCGCUGUCCCUCGAUCCGGUGCUGAAACCAAACGCACGGGGCAAAGAAGAAGAAUUCAGUGGAGAUUUGGGGGGGGGGGUGGGGGUGGGGGUGUAAAAGACUUUUUUAAAGGACAUGCUUGCAUUGCCUCCUGAACUGUACAUUCAUCUGAGGAUGGUGUUUGUAUUUAAGUGGUUACUGUCC